UGUUGGUGAACGUGUCGCGUGUACGCGUCGUUGGCGUAAAUUUAAUAAAAAUAGUGAUGUAUAUUAAUAAAAAUAUAAGCAGUGCAAAAAAAAUAUAAAAAGUAACCAAACUGCGACAUAACGGGCUACAUGCACUCUAAUUUUAACGUCUAUACUAAAAUGUAUGUACCAAUAUCUGGCGAAACGUUUGUAUAAAUAAAUUUCGUAACUAGACAUAAAUACUUCUCGGUCGUUCGCGAAGUCGUAGUUCACAAGUUUUCACAUUGUAACAAAUCGGCCCAUAGUUACAUUUUGGUUAAUUUAGUGAAACAAUUGUGGGAAAAUAUAUAUUUAUUAAAAAAUAUAUACCAAAAAGUUAGCAGAUAAAAAUCAUUUCGAGUUGAUAGCAACGAAAACGAAAAAACAUGCUGUUUCAUUUGUGAAAACAAUUGAGAUCGCUAGAACAAAGGGAGAAAUGCACAGUGCAUACGUUUAGAAUAUAAAUAAAAGCCAGCUAAGCGAUUACAAAAAAUCGUUAAGCAAAAAAAUAAAGUAUAAAUAAAAACAGUGACGGUCUAAUUGCAAAUGAUUAUUUGCAUAGCUUCAUCCGCUAUUCACCAAUUUGUGGGUUGAGCUGGUGCAACGCUGUACGAAUCAAAUUGUGGACAGGCCAACACCAAUGUUUGUUCUUCGGCUUUGGUUUCAAUUUAGUGUUAAAGAAGUAAACAAAAAAAAAAAUAUUUAUCAUAAUAAUGUUGUAAAUACAUAUAUGUAAAUAUAUAUGAAAACUUACUAAUAUUGAGCUAUUAGUAGUAAUCCAAAUGAAAAUGUAUCUUAACGCAAAACCCUUUAUCUAUUAGAUUAAAACGACAACAGAGAAGUUUUUAAAUUAUUUUAAUUGUAAGUCAAAAUCAGAUUUAAUAAUAAAGGAAAUGAAUAAAUAACGAAGUAGAAUUAUAUUAAAAAAAUAUAAAUAAAAAUUUCAACAUCAGCAACGUUGAAAUUUCCAACAAAAAAGUUGAAAAAAAACAUCAACGGAGUUCAAAAUUAUUCAAAAAAACAAAAAUCGCAAAACAUAAUCGAGCAAAUAUAUGAAAAAAAGAGAAUUGCCGAUAGCGCUAAAAAAUACAUAAACGUAAAGAAUACGAAUGACGCGUGAAACUGUUGCUGCCGCAACGUUACAAAUCGACGUACAUACAACGACCGCUGACAACAACACAUGUGCGCGUAGAGAAACCGCAGCAGCACCAGCAACAAUUGCACCUUUGGCAGCGAGUGUGAAGCGUGCAAAUCACCGUCGAGGACAUUUGUCGAAAUUUAAUUCGACAACGGCAACAACAACAACAAAUUGUUACAAUACAUACGACCGCGAUAGGACGCGCUCGACCACACUUUUAAAAUCAAUAACGACGAAGCGACGCGGCGGCGAUUUUAUUGUAUUGCAUUAAGUUUGCAAAGGAAUUUUUGCAUUGCAUCGGUUAGCGUAUACAAAUGAAAACGUCGCUUGUGAACGCGUCCAAUUUCGACUACUCCAGUCGCCCCGUGUACGAGGGCGAACAACGGCACGUACUUCAAUACGAGCAGCAACAGCUGCAACAGGACCAACUGCGGGCAGCAGAACAAGACGAGCCUCAGCAGCAACAAGAGCAGGCACUGCAACAACAACAACAACGCAAUCAUCAAACGCCGCGUACGUAUCAAAGAGAACAACUACAAUCACAACAGACUCGUCAACAGCAUCAGCGUUAUCACGACAAACAGUCCGAACCAGAGCAGCUGGAUCGACAGCAACAAGAGAAUUCUGCCGCUGCCACGUCGACAAUUGUCUACCCAUUCGUCGCGGCGCAUAUAAAGCACUCGCCGUGCGAUUUUGAGGACGCUGAACAACAACAAAACAAGCAUCUGCACAAGCGUGCGGGUACAGUCAUCGCCGAAGCUAUAGUAGAUAGUAGCGACGACGAUAUAAACGGUGAUAAUAAUUUGGCGCAGAGUGUAAUUUAUAUUGACGAUAGCAAUUGCGAGCAACCGCUGGAACAGCGACAACCGCUAAAAGAGACCAACGGUGAUAACUGUGUCAUCACCAGCAGCAGCAACAACAACAACAGUAAUAAUAAUACCAGUAAACUUGCCACUAAUAACGAGAUAAGUGUAGUUACAUCGACGAAGCGUCAGCAAACGUCCACGUUACGUUAUCCCUCCUCCGUCGCGUCGAGCAAAUACCAGCAUAGUAAUCAGCAGCAGCAGCAAAGACAGCCGUUGCAGCAGAAAAUAUCGAGCAAACGCAAGCGUGAAACAGAGUGCGAUUGCGGUUGCGUUGAUUCAUACACAUCGUCGUCCUCGUAUAACGGUUCUGGCGCCGCCGCGUCCAUUUGCUUAAGCAACAGCAACGAAUCUGUCGGAGUUGGUGUUAUAAGCAGCACGACCGCAGUAGCAGCAGCAACUGCUUCAGCGCAAACGGCGAGCAGCAAUUCGGAAACGCUGGCAGCGGUGGCGACAACGACGGUGACCAACAGCCUCAAGACGGCGCACACAAAAGUCGCCACGUCUGGGGGGCACGCCAACACGCAGCCCCCCAGCAAGCGUUCGAGCAGCGGCGCCGACGGUGAUUACCAGCUGGUGCAACAUGAGGUUCUCUAUUCGCUCUCCGCCGAGUAUGAGGUCUUGGAGUUUUUGGGACGUGGCACGUUCGGCCAGGUGGUUAAAUGCUGGAAACGUGGCACGUCGGAGAUUGUGGCUAUUAAGAUCUUAAAAAAUCAUCCUUCGUAUGCACGUCAGGGACAAAUUGAAGUAUCGAUUCUAUCGCGUCUCAGUCAGGAAAAUGCCGACGAGUUCAAUUUUGUGCGUGCUUUCGAGUGUUUCCAACACAAGAACCACACGUGUUUGGUGUUUGAAAUGCUCGAACAGAAUUUGUACGAUUUCCUUAAACAAAAUAAGUUUUCACCGCUACCUUUGAAAUAUAUACGGCCCAUUUUAGAGCAGGUUUUAACGGCGUUGCUAAAGUUAAAGCAACUUGGUUUGAUUCAUGCAGAUUUAAAGCCGGAAAAUAUAAUGUUGGUAGAUCCAGUAAGACAACCUUAUAGGGUGAAGGUUAUUGAUUUUGGCAGUGCGUCGCAUGUCAGCAAAACGGUAUGCAACACUUACUUGCAGUCCCGUUACUAUCGUGCACCUGAAAUUAUUUUGGGUUUGCCAUUUUGUGAGGCAAUCGAUAUGUGGUCGCUGGGUUGUGUGGUGGCCGAGUUGUUCCUGGGUUGGCCCUUAUAUCCGGGUUCUUCUGAAUUCGAUCAAAUAAGGUACAUAUCACAGACACAGGGUCUGCCUACGGAGCACAUGCUGAACAGCGCCUCGAAGACAUCAAAGUUUUUCUAUCGCGAUGUCGAUUCGACCUAUCCGUUUUGGCGCUUGAAGACCACCGAGGAACACGAGGCAGAGACUAAUACGAAAAGUAAGGAGGCACGCAAAUAUAUAUUUAAUUGCUUAGACGAUAUUGGUCAGGUAAAUGUACCAACUGAUUUGGAAGGCGGUCAAUUGUUGGCCGAGAAAACGGAUAGACGCGAAUUCAUUGAUCUGCUAAAGCGUAUGCUAACCAUUGAUCAAGAGCGUCGUCUUACGCCAGCUGAGGCGUUGAAUCACUCCUUUGUACGCCUCACACACCUAGUUGACUACGUCUAUUGUAAUAAUGUAAAAGCCUCGGUGCAGAUGAUGGAAGUAUGCCGACGUGGCGAUUUCCAUACUGUGCAGCCAGCUUCUACAUUGGUUACCAAUUUUGUACCGAGCACUACGGAGAAUAUGACGUUUACCAUCAACAAUCAGCUGACCAGUCAAGUGCAGCGUUUGGUGCGUGAACGUCCAUUAGCCUAUGAGGGUCUUUAUCAAAUCUACGGCGGUCGCAAUGUUGGUCGUCAGUACACACAGGGACGCGCCGAUGCGUUCCAACAUCAGUUAAAUAUUUUGUGUCCGUCAUCCUAUCAAACCAUGCCCAGUCCCACCAAGCACGUGGUUGUUGGCAGCGCCACAAUGCAGCCACCAUUGCAAGUUCCUCCACAGCAGUAUGUCAAUGUGCCUGUGCCAGUGUCGAUGGUGGAACCGGCUUCCGGACAACGCAUGUUGCUUACAAAUCGUGUACAAGCCAGCGGCGUGGCUUGGCCGCAGACCGGACGACAAAUGGCUUUGGUGCCUUCGUGGCAGCAAGCGCCAGCACAUUCGCUAAUUGUCGAUUCGGCACCAUUUUUGAAUGUUGAGGAGAUUUAUCCUAAACACCAUUUGAAUAUACCCAGAAAUGAUCUCAAGAAGGAGUCGCCAGUGCAGCAUUUAGUCACUAAGAGCAACUCGUAUCGUGUGCCGCGCCACGAUAAAAAGGAAAAUAAUCAGUUAUCACCGGUUAAGAAACGUGUAAAGGAGAGUUCACCGCCACACCAACAGCGCUACAACCGCGCCUCACACGUUUCGCCGCAGUACCAUAGUCACCACAAUUGCAACUAUGGCAGCAACUACAACAGCAAUGCUGGCCCAGUUAUUACUUCGGCAUCGUCUGGUAACAUUGUUAGCCAAAAUAGCAACAAUGGUGGUGGUCAUCAUCAUCACAGCAGCAAUUCGGCCAAUCAACAGCAUGUGAUCAGCAGCAGCAGCAGCAAUGGUGGUGGUGGUGGUGGCGGCUAUAGCAAUAGCAAUCAUCACAUUAUCAACAAUUGCAGCGGCAAUAACAGUGUUGGUGGCAACUAUCACCACCAAACACAUCACACACAGCAACAUCAGCCGGCACAGCAAGCGGUGCAACAUUCGCACCAGCAUCAUGGCGCUAUUGUAAAGCAGCAGACAAUUACUAUACACGACACGCCAUCACCUUCGGCUGUCAUAACGAUUUCGGAUAGUGAGGAUGAGGGUAACGAGCCACCCGCACCAGCACCAGUCGCACCGGUAAUGAAGCAACGUGCACAUGCGCAGUCGCAAACGAACCCUGCUUUAUUGCAGCACUCGUCAUCGUCCUCGUCGUGUCGCGCUAAUGGCCACCAACAUCAGGUGCAGUCGCAGCAACAACAACAGCCGCAACAUGUACACCAUCACCACCAUCAGACACAUCAGCAGGUGCAGCCGCAGCCGCAGCCACAACAGCAGCAGCAGCAGCAAACUCAGCCGCAGCAUCAGCAUCAUACUGCUAACAUCUAUGGUGACAACGACACAGAUGAGGUGCGCCGACGCGGCAGUCAUGCACACAGCGGUGGCAACAGUCCCAGACAGCAACAGCAUCAUCAGCACCAGCAACAACAACAACAACAGCAGUUGCAGUCAUCCUCAUCACACCAUCAUCAUCAACAACAGCAACAACAACAGCACCAACCGCAACCACAGCACCAACAACAGCCACAGCAGCAGCAACAAUAUCAGCAGCCUGCCCAGCAGCAACAACAACAGCAACAGCCUAAUAUUAAAUACGAACCGGGGCAAUCGCAGAAAAAGCGCAUCUUGGCCAUGGCCCAGAACGAGUGCUACAACAAUGGCGGCAACGGCGGUGUUGGCUGCAGCGGCAGUUUAGGCAAUCAAACCGCCAGUUUGCCGCAUUUGCCAACCAAGCAAGAGCCAGCCGAAUUCUACGAGUAUCCGCCACAGCAGGCCACAUCGGUUGUUGUAGACAACAAGCGUUCUUCAUGGGCAGCCGCCGCCACACAAGCGCCACCGGCACACCAUAAACGUGAGGUCACCUCGACGGCCUCCUCUGCCUCGGCCUAUGUACAGCAUACGCCCUCAACAGCAGCAGCUGCUCCGCCAUUGGCACAUUCGAAGAGCUCAUCUUCGGCCGUCGGCGGUGCUGUGGCAGUUGGUGCAGUUUCUGGUGCCGCUGCAGGUCCGCCCUCGUGGGGUGCACCACAAGUAUACCAUCGUCAGCAGCAAACACACGCUGCUGUACAGGUGGUUGCACCAUCGGCACAACAGCAGCAACAACAACAACCGCAACAUCAUCAGCAUCAAGCGAAUACACCAAUCGGUGGCUCGCCUGCCGCGGCCACUGCAGUUAUGCUUCAGCCAGAUAUCUAUGCCCAGGGUGAUAUGUAUCGCCGCCCAACGGUGUUUGUGUCGCAGGCGACUCCUACAUAUGCAUACAAUCGUGCCGCAGUGGCGCCACCCCCCGCACACAACAGUUCGAGCCGUCAGGUAAUACCAUCGCAUCCACUACCCGCCCAUAUACAUUUCCCCACACAGUACAGCCAAUUUGGUCCAUUAAGUCCAGCACAAGUUGCCGCCAGCAAGCAUGCGCAUUACGCACCGACGAACAUAUGGUACGGUGGAGAAUAAACUGGUUUAAAACACUCGAAUCGUUUCUAACUGAUUGUGUUGGCGGCAGCAACGACAGAUUUACGAACACCAAAUGCGAUACAAAGCACUACAAACCCAAUUACAACAAUAAUAACA